AUGUCUAAGAGGAAUGUUGCAUUUAUAAAGCCCGACGAACCGAGUUUCUUGCAAAAAUUAAAACAACAGGCCGGCUACAAGGAAGGCCCCGAUAUCAAUACAAAGCGACAAAAGGUGCAGGAUUACGACGACAGCGACGAGGAUUUCAGCGACAAAGAGGAGGAAAGUCCGCAAGUUGUUGUGCUGAAAGAGGGAGAUCUCACCGCGGAACAAGCAGACGUUGAAAAGAAACGCAUCGAACUUGAGGAAAGUCAGAAAAAAGCAGAUUUAACGGAACGGGUGAUUUUUAAAGCAAAAUCGAAAGGAGGUGAAAUCAAAGAAAAAUCGAAGAAAGAGAAAAAGGCAGAAAAAGCCGCCAAAAGUAAAUUGUCAUUUAACGACGAGGACGAAGAGGAAGAAGAAGUCUAA